UCUGUUGAAGCAGAACAUUAGAGAGGCAGGCUCCAUGGACAAGAAGGUGGUGCUGAUCACGGGAUGCUCCUCGGGAAUCGGUCUUAGUCUGGCUGUCCGGCUAGCCUCUGACCCCAACAAAAAAUUUAAAGUCUAUGCGACGAUGAGAAACCUGGCCAAGAAGGAGCGUCUCUUAGAGUGUGUGAAAGGCCUGCACAAGGAUACCUUGGACAUACUCCAAAUGGACGUGACGAGCCGGCAGUCCAUUCUGGAUGCGAGAGACAGGGUUGUGGAGAAUCGAGUGGACAUUCUGGUGUGCAAUGCUGGUGUGGGUUUGAUGGGUCCACUGGAGGUCCAGUCCUUGGACUCAAUGAGGCAGAUUCUGGAGGUCAACCUCCUUGGUACCAUUCAGACCAUCCAGGCUUUCCUACCGGACAUGAAGGCUCAGGGCAAGGGCCGCGUUCUGGUCACUGGCAGCACUGGAGGGCUACACGGUCUCCCUUUUAAUGAGGUGUACUGUGCCAGCAAAUUUGCAAUAGAGGGAGCAUGUGAGAGUUUGGCUGUCCUCCUGCAACACUUCAAUAUCCAUGUGAGUCUCAUUGAGUGUGGUCCAGUCAACACUGACUUCCUGGUUAACCUGCAGAAGACAGAGCUCGGGGAUGAGUCUCUGCAACUGGUUGAUACCCACACACUCAGCCUCUAUGAAAAAUACCUGCAGCACUGUGGCUCCGUUUUCCAAAACGCAGCACAGGACACUGAGGAUAUUGUAAAGGUAUUUCUGGAUGCCAUCCAGUCACCCAGCCCUGCAUUCAGAUACUUCACCAGCGGUGUCAUGCCACCUCUCACCAAACUGAAGAUCACAGAACCAGAUGGCUCGCGGUACAUCAGUGCGAUGAGCAAAAUCAUUUUCUCUGCUGAGGAACAAUAAUUUCGUACAUGCCUUAUUUCCAACCAGGCCAUUACUUCAUGUGCAGACUUGCCCUUCUUUUACUUUAUGUGCAGAGGUUAAUAUUGUUUUCCUUCAUUAUUGAUUUGUGCUAUAAAGUUGGCGCUCUCUGACUCACCGUGGUUGCUCAACUGGAAAGGGCAGUAAGUUCAGAGUUUUGUGAGUAGAGUUCCCAGAGUCCAUGCUUCUAUUUUUGUAUGUCUCUUAUCAAAAGUUAGAUUCCUUAUCGCAAUAUAAAAUUAUAAACAUAAAAAUAGACUUUCUGGUUGGUGGAGAAAUAUUUUAUAAGGAUUAUGUUUUGAGCGAUACAACAGGUUUUACAUUCCUGUUGUUUUAUAGUGUUCUUGUUUGGCAUAUUUUCACUGGGCUUGGUGUGCUACUGAACAGGUUUUUAACCACACUGUUAAAGUGAAAAUACUCUAAGAAUGUUCUUUUGUUAUUAUUUUACAUGAGUUAAUGAUAUUAU